UUGUGGUGUGUUCCUUUUACAGAUGGGCUGGGGGGAUUUGGGAGCUUUCGGAGAGCCUUCUAAGGAAACCCCUAACCUAGACCAGAUGGCUGCAGAAGGGAUGCUUUUCCUGGAUUUUUAUACUGCCAACCCCCUCUGCUCUCCCUCAAGGGCAGCACUGCUGACAGGCCGGCUCCCAGUCAGGAAUGGCUUUUACACCACAAAUGGACACGCCAGGAAUGCUUACACACCACAGGAUAUAGUAGGAGGAAUCCAAGAUUCCGAAUUGCUGCUUCCAGAGCUCCUGAAGAAAGCUGGUUACACCAAUAAGAUCAUUGGCAAAUGGCACUUGGGGCACCGGCCCCAGUUCCACCCACUGAGGCACGGCUUUCAUGAGUGGUUUGGGUCCCCAAACUGCCACUUUGGGCCCUACGACAACAGAGAGCGCCCCAACAUCCCCGUGUACAGGGACUGGGAGAUGGUUGGCAGAUACUAUGAAGAUUUCAAAAUUGAUCUGAAGACAGGUGAAGCCAACUUGACUCAGCUCUACCUGCAGGAAGCUCUGGAUUUUAUUAGCAAGCAGCAGGCCAGCCAGCAACCAUUUUUUUUAUACUGGGCAAUUGAUGCUACCCACGCUCCUGUUUAUGCCUCCAAACAGUUCCUGGGCACGAGUCAGAGAGGGCUGUAUGGGGAUGCUGUGCGGGAAAUCGAUGACAGCAUUGGGAAAAUCCUGAAGCACCUCCAGCAGCUGGGGAUCAGUGAGAACACCUUUGUGUUUUUCACCUCUGAUAACGGGGCUGCUCUCAUUUCAGCUCCCGAACAAGGAGGAAGCAAUGGGCCUUUCCUGUGUGGCAAACAAACCACCUUCGAGGGUGGCAUGAGGGAGCCGGCCAUCGCCUGGUGGCCCGGCCACAUCCCUGCAGGAGGGGUCAGCCAUCAGCUGGGCAGUGUGAUGGAUCUGUUCAGCACCAGCCUCUCCCUGGCGAAUCUGCAGCCUCCCAGUGACAGACAGAUUGAUGGCAUCGACCUUUUACCUGCCAUCCUGCAGGGCAAGCUAAUUGACAGGCCCAUUUUCUAUUAUCGUGGCAACGAGCUGAUGGCAGUGAGAGCUGGGCUUUACAAAGCUCACUACUGGACCUGGAGCAACUCCUGGGAGGAGCACAGCAAGGGCAUCGAUUUCUGUCCUGGCCAGAGUGUGGAUGGAGUGACAACACACACGCAGGAGGAGCACACUGUCCUGCCCCUGCUCUUCCACCUGGGCAGGGAUCCUGGUGAGAAGUACCCAUUAAGGGCAAUGGAUUUUACUAUUAUGGAAGAAAAUGGAAGUGAUAAGGCUUGGUUGAUGAACAUAAUGAUUUUAGAACACAUUAAUUAAGAAGAGAGCUCACAAGUGCCUAUUUCGAGCAGAUGGAAAAUUCAGGAAAUCAUCAGAGAGGUAAUUGCAGUGUUAUGGAGCCAGAAAAAAAGGGAAGGAGCUCCUGAAGGGAAGCUAAAGGGAAAAGGAUCUGAUAGAAAAGUUGCCAGUCUCACCUUAGUGCUCAGGGCACAAACCUGGCUGUGGGGAAGAGAGAAAAGGUGCAAAACAGGGCGAAAAAUGGGAAUAAUAGCAAAGAGCAAGGAUUGUGCCCAGGGGAGAUGCUGACUCCUCAUCUUGGAAAAGAGGGAAAUGGUACCAGCUGCAUUGCAGGGGUGAAUUAACAGCUGCCACAGGAGAGGUGACACUAAAAGUGUGGAAACUGUGGCUGAGGAGCCUCAGAGGUGGCAAUAAAAACCGUGGAGCACCAACCACGCCGGGGCUGGAUGCAGCAAGGUGGGACAAGGUGGGACAGAGCCAGCUCGGAGGGAAGAGGGGGAAAUAAAAUCCCCCUGUGGAGGAGAAUCAUCAGCCUGGAGACUGGGGAUGGACACAAACACAUCUGGGUCCCUGGCUGCCCUUUCCCAGUCUCUGGGACCAAGCUGGAACUCGUGCUCCAUCAGCCCACAGCCCUCAGGUGUUCUGGGUGCAGUGAUGCUGCAUGAAAAGGAAUAUUGGCAGAAAAAAAAGCUGCGUGAACCAGCUGCAAAAAAUGCAGAGUGCAGUUUGAAGUGGAUGCCAUCAUCUUCUUCAGAGACAGCACCAGACAACGCUGCAGCCACAAGAAAGCAGCCUGAAGAACACAGAACAUAAAUUGUGGCUCAGGAAUACCACUGAAAAUGAAAGCUGAGGAAUAGCACAGGAGCAACCAGCAGGAGGAUCAGUGGACAGCUGUUACUUCUGUCACCUGUUCACACCCAGAUGAAAGCUUUACUAUUCACUCUACCUUUAUCCCCUUUGCCAUUUCAGUCCUGGGGUUCCAGGCAGUGAAAUCCAGCAGAAAGGCAGGAUUCUGGGAGCUGGGCAGGGAAAACUUCUGUGGAAAUAGGUGAGCAGGUGAAGGAUCAGCACCAUCACAUGUCCUUGCUGCAAGGAGUGUGCUGAUCACCACAGCUUGGACUCUCCGAUCUUAGAGGCCUUUUCCAACCUGAAUGAUUCUGGAGUUCCAAGGUUUCCUGUGGCUCAGUGGCCACAUGUCCCUCACACCUCCAGGGAUGCAUCUGGGCCCCAAAAUGCUGCUGGACCAGAGGUGACUUGGGGUAAGGGCCACCUUCACCCUUUGAUUCCUCAUUUGUUUUCCUCUGGCUCCUCUGAGUCUCUCCAGUAAUUCCAGAGCAGAGCCCCUAACCUGUCUCAGCCUCCUGCAUUGUGCAGACCUUAAAUUGCAAAUAAACUUGAUAAUAGAAGAGAGGAACUGAGGAAGACUGAAUAAUAAGACAAGAUCAAGACUUGGAUACCACGGUGCUGCAAAGCCUCAGAGCACUGAUAACAGAUAAAAUCAAAUUAUCAGAAUCUGGGUGUAUUUCACAAUUAAAAAUAAUGAUUUUAAUUAAAAUAAUUCCAGGGGAGAAGGAAGUAAAGUAUCAUUAGCCACGUUUUAUGCUCUUCCCAUAACUUCAUAUCAAUCUGAGGGCUGCUGUUCAUAAAAUCAUGGAAUCCUGGAAUGGUUUGGAUCGGAAGGGGCCUUUAAAGCUCAUCCUGUUGAAAGCUCAUUACCUUUCACUAAACCAGGCUGCUCCAAGCCCUGUCCAACCUGGUCUAGAGCCCUUUGUCAGGUUUCUGUGAAUCACAUUAUGGGAUUUUUUAUAAUCUAUCAUUCCCAUUUUGUUCCAGUCCUCUCAGUUACACCACGGCCCCAUCACUCCCAGGACAGCCACCGCGCAGUGGAUCAGCAGGACGAGGUGUAAAACAUCCUGAAAUCCCGCUGAGAAUGCUCCUGGAUUUGUUUGGGUGCUGAUCUAUUUGAGGGUGCAUUUAAGGAUGGCAGAGAAUCAUCCCCGAAGGUGAAAGCCCAAGGAGCAGAGGAUUAGAGCGGAGUUUUAGCUGUGUGUGAGACAAACCCUGCUCCCUGCAGAGCUGGAUUUGCUGGGAGGGCAGGCUGGGGUUAAGCAGCAGAGCAGGUUCCAGGAGCUGAGGGGGGAGGAUGGGAGCAGAUUGCCAAGGCACAAUUACAGUAAAUGAAGGAAGCACAGCCCACACCUGUGCCUGGGACCCCGAGCUCCAAUCCAGCCCUGAUUGCAUCUCCAGGGACUUCCCGGAGGUAAAGUGUCAAUUAGUGUAAUGACCCUGGACUUUGUCCACUCUGCUCCCUCGUUCUGAGCGUGGAAUAAUUUCAUGGACGCUGGGGGAUCUCUUUUAGCAAACUCCUCACAACACCACCUGCUCACCCUCUCAUUCUUGCAGUGCUAUUCCCAGCUCUCCUUCCCGGGAUUGCUCAACUGGAAUACGAAAUGCAGCUCGCCCCGGAGGCAGCCAGGGCUGCAUCCUCACAGACAAUGGUGCCCAGACACCUGUACAGCUCAUUCCACCUCUUU